AUGACAGGAGGAGGCGAUUUAAAGACACGAACGCUGCUUAACGAUGUCUGCGAUUUGGGAAAGUGCCCAUUGUUUGAUCUCGGUCAUCCUCUCCUCAAUCGCGUCACGGAAAGUUUCGUCAAAGCCGCCGGAAUUGGGCUGGUUCAAUCAGUAUCGCGCGAGGCUUAUUUUGCUGCUAUGGAAGGAUCUCGUAGUGGAGGUGAUAACGGCGGUUUACCAUCCGAGCUCUCUGGCCCUAAAAAGCAACAGCGUCCAUUCCCAGAUCUAAGAGGAGAAACAAACAACAAAUCUGUUGAAGCAUUGGUGAAGAACACUGGAAUUGAGUGUAUGCAAUGGGGAUUGGCUGCAGGGAUGUAUUCAGGGCUUACAUAUGGAUUAAAGGAAGCUCGAGGAACACAUGACUGGAAGAACAGUGUAGUUGCAGGUGCAGUGACAGGGGCCAUGGUAGGGCUUACAAUAGAGAAUUCAUCACAUGAGCAAGUUAUGCAAUGUGCUAUUACUGGUGCUGCUAUUUCCACUGCUGCUAAUCUUCUUCAAGGAAUUUUCUAAUUACCUUUUAUGGGUGUUAUGGUU